AUGUCCGCGUCGGGUCAGAGAGAAAAUUUCCUCCCGCCCGAAGGAGUCUGGGAGGUCGUGCGUAAAGAAGAGGUUGAAUACGAGGACGGUGUUCCCCAGAGUGAUAAGCCUGUGAUGACCUCCUCUCCAGUGAGCCUUCAACCCGGCAGUAGUGCUGCUCACGGCUCACCAGGGGCGGUGGUUUCGAGGCGGGUGGUUCGGUACGCGUCACCUGUGCGUUCUCGCGUAACAACUACGACUUAUCGAUGCAGUCCUGAGAGUCCCAGGCCCAGGAGCGAUGCCCGGGCGAGCGCUGCUAUGGCUACGAAUAUACUGCCGUCUUAUGAGACGUCAAGGCGUGUUAUUUAUACCCCGAGGAAGGAAGAGAUGGCCCGUAGUGGCAGUAGCUAUCCGAUGUCGUGCAAGAAGACCAUAUUGCGAGAGAUGGAGGAGAGCGCGCCUGAGCCAGCUCCGAAUUCGCCACAGACAGCAAGGGCCUCUCCAUGUGAUGCGCCGGCCGGCAGACGAUUGCUCGCGUACUAUGAGGAUGAGGAGGAGGAGGAUGGUAUUGAAAAUAUUGAGAUGGAGGCUGAUCCAUCGAAGCCAACUGCACGAUACAAAAGGGCCGCCGCCUCGAAAGAAACGGUUGUGAGUUCCUAUAAGGCCUCAAGACUGGCCGAGCUCAAUUUGAUUAGGUCUGUUAAGAAGCCACCUACUCCUUUGACAGCGAUACAAACACAGACUGAAGACCUAGAUCAAGAAGAUGAGCCUCCCCGCGAAGUUGGCGACAGUGGUGGCUUGGGGUCCCUUGGUAAGACAUAG